AUGGCUGACUCGACACCCACCGACUUGCCUCUCACUGUCAAAGACAUUCAAGAUGAAGCCAAGAAAAAGCUUCCCCAGUUGUACCGAUACUAUUUCAAUGAAGGAGCCGGUGAGAUGGUCAGCCUGCGCGACAAUGAGAAUGCCUUUGCUCGAUACAAACUGCGACCGCGAGUGCUACGUGAUGUCGAGGAAGUGGACACCACUACAGAGAUCUUUAGAACGAAGGUUUCCUUUCCUCUUGGAUUUGCCCCAGCGGCUGCCCAUCGCCUCGCCCAUUCCGACGCAGAACGCGGCACAUCGCGCGCUGCUUCUCACAACGGCAUCGCAAUGUGUCUGUCUACAUGGUCGACCACGAGCCCGGAGGAAGUGAUCGCGCAAAGCUCGGGAAAUCCGUAUGCAAUGCAGGUAUCGUUCUUCAAAGAUAUUGAAGUCACGCGGUGCAUAAUCAAGCGAGCUGAGGCGGCCGGAUACAAGGCGCUGUUUGUUAGUGUCGACCUGCCUGUAAUCGGAAGUCGACGCAAUGAACAACGAAAUAAAUGGGCGUUUCCCAGUCAUAUCGGGUUUCCUAGUCUUCAAGGAGCUACUGACGAUUUGAUGGCCACAUACGCUGCUGGCUAUGAUGCGAGCAUUCGAUGGGACAAGAUAAUCCCCUGGCUACGAAAGACGACUAAAAUGGAAAUCUGGCUGAAGGGUGUGUCCACUGCCGAAGAUGUACAACUCGCCAUUGAGCACGAAGUGGACGGGGUGGUCAUUUCCAACCACGGGGGCCGCCAGCUUGACGGCCAGCCCGCCACGCUCGAUGCACUUCGCGAGUGUGGCCCCGUAGCUAGAGGAAGGAUUCCCCUUGCCAUCGACGGUGGUAUUCGGUCAGGAGCGGAUAUCUUCAAAGCGUUGGCCCUUGGCGCCUCGAUGUGCUUCGUGGGACGUAUUCCAAUCUGGGGCUUAGCAUACAACGGAGAGGCUGGCGUCGAUAUCGCAUUGAAGAUUUUGCUCGAAGAAUUCCGCCAUACGAUGAAGUUCAUGGGAUGCCGGACCAUUCAGGAUAUCAAUCCUAGUCAUCUUUCUUUGCUGCAGAUGGACGGUCGUUUGGCGAAACUGUAG